CCUCCCCUCACGUUCCCUCGCCGGCUGGAGAAAAGGGCGGGGUUAGAGGACCAGCUUAAACGGCCGAGCGGCAGUUAACGUCCACUUCCACGUGAUCCCGGAGAGCCCGCGCGGGGCCAAUAGGAGCGCGCUGAGCUCUCGGGAGGCCGGAAGCACAUUUGUGAACGACAUUACAGAUGCGCAUGAAGUAAUGAAAAAUAUUGCCCAGUAGAUGAAUUGAAAAGUUUCUUUUCCAUCCCUCUCUUGGAGUAGGAGAGAAAAAGGGAGGCCUUUCUUAAGAUAAAGAUCAUCAGCAAUCCCUAGCUUGUUCUUGUUCAUGGGAAUUGGUCACUUGAUUUCUGAAUGCAGUCCGACCCUGCGAAGUAUGAAGCAGAGACGCCUUCCCUGUUAUGGGGGUUGGAUCCUGUCUUUUUUGCAUUUGCAAGACUCUACAUUAAGGAUAUAAAGGAAAUGAAAGCAUCUAAGCAAGUUCCAGGUAUAUUCUUUUAUAAUGGGCAUCCAAUAAGACAGGUGGAUGUGGUUGGGACAGUGGUUCUAACAAAAGAACGAGAUGCCUUCUAUAACUAUGGAGUGGAUGAUGGUACUGGGGUCAUAAACUGCAUCUGCUGGAAAAAUCCAAGGGAAGCGGAACGGCCUUUGUCAGGACUAGACCCGUCUUGCAGCAGUGAUCUUGCUGAACAGAUGAAGAAGCUCCAGGAAGAGGUGUUCCAGAAAACCAAACUGGAAAUUGGGGAUGUUGUCAGCGUCCGAGGUCAUAUCCGAAUUUACAGAGAGCAGCGAGAAAUUCAGGCCUCCACCUAUUAUAAAGUGGAUGAUCCUAUGUGUGAAGUUCAGAUUUCAAGGAUGUUGGAGCUCCCAUGCCUCUAUAGAGAAGUUUAUGAUAAGCCUUUCAAAAUCCCAGAGGAGGCACCAAGUGCCCCAGGUGGUCUGAACGUUAGGAGCUCAAUUGACUUGCUGAGCGAGAAAGUUAAAGAUUUCUUAUUGGAGAACAGAAUUCAGACCUUUUACCAACAGGAGCUGGAAACAGUUGACAAUUUGGUGUCACUGGCCAGUCAGCCUGUGUCCAGGACUGACACUCGGCAGAUGGAUUCAAAAAGUGAACCCAGCUCCAAACUGAUUCACAGUGCAUUCAAGGAAGCAAUAAAGGUGCUGCAGGAAAAAGGAGUGGUUUUCCAGAAAUCAAAUAGCUCCAAGGAUGUAUAUCAUGUGACUGACCAGGAUAAGGAGUUGCACAACGUGACCCUUGGUGUUGUCAAAGCAGAUUGUCGAAAAUCCAGGCAUGCUGAAAAGGGCUGCCAUUUUCUUCACAUCUUAUGUUGUGUUCGCCAGAGCUACAGUCCUUAUCUAAGUGAAAUGGUGAUGCAUCAUGUCCUGAACCUGCUGGAGAGAAACAGUGAUAUUGUCAGCACCAUGGAAGGAUACUACAUGGCUUUCUGAAAAGAAGAAAUAAGAUGCAGGACAUCUGUUUGUUCCUGGUGCAGGCAGAACAAAAUUUACCCCAGUAACCACAUUGCCAGAAAAGAGUCAAAAGGAUACAACAAUGACCCUGAGAAGCUGGCUUUGUGUGUAAUAUAAAUUGGAGAAGGAAAAUGGGAUGUUGACUCAGAAAUUGGUUCCAUCUGACUCUGAUUCCUUGAAAAAUACAUGCCUCACGCUUUGCUUUAAAGCCCAUGCUGAUUUCAGCUAUUCUAGGAAUUAAAAUAUACAGGGAUCAUUACACAGUGACAGUUGUAGUGCAGGAUUGAUCCUACAGCAUCCAAAUAUCACAGUCUGAUAGGUGCAAGCUACCUGAAGAAGUGAACAUUCUGAAUACAAUCACAGUUCUUCCUCAUAUGCUUCUCCUUCUCUAACUAUAGUACUUCUAAGUGGUACAGCGAAAUGGCACCUCUAUGGGCAUAUGCUCUAUCAGCCCUAUGUUGCUACUGAUGAGACCAUUGGUUAUAGUAGUAGUCUCAUCUGGAGUCAUAUUUUGGUUUAACGAUGGUAGUGUUGUGACCUCUCUCCAUGUGAGUGAUAUGCUUUCUAAUACAUGUUCUCUAAGUAGAUCUGUCUCCCUUUUUAAAUGCGUGUUGUAAAGACCAGUGAAAGGCACUUUCUGAUACCUUGCAUGCACUGUAUGUAGCCGUCAUUUCAUCAGUGUCAGCAUGAUCUUAUGCCCAUUUCCCCAGUUCGCACGAGGUGGGGGGGGUUGGGAGCAGCAGCCAGCUGGGAGGCAAGGUUAAUAUGUCUCCUAAGAGCAUACUUACCUCCUCUUACCUCCCUACAAAGAGCAACCUAACCCAUUGCUUGUAAAGCAUGUUUGAAUCUCCGGCUAUUAAUGCAAGUUCUUGUUGAUUAAUUUGGACCCAAAUUAAGCUCCUUUUCUCACAAAUCAGCCUAAUUAUUACUUCAUAUUUUUUUAAAUAGCUCUUAACAUCACAAAUAUUGAACCAUGAAACGAGUUCAUGGAAAAGAGCAUGCCAAAACUAUGAGACUGGUGCAAUUCCCUGACUUCCCAUCUCCCCUCUUUUUGCUUGCUCUGCAUCCUUGCCAUAGUUAGGAAGCCAGUAUCACCUCUUUGUGCUUGGAUUGGGACUGAAAUUUGUGGAAUGACAUUGAAAGAAAGCUAGCAUUGGCAAAACUAAUGGGUAAGACAUUUGACCAAGAAUAAUUAAAACUCAUAUGUAUGCCCAGGUUCAACCCCCAGUGCUGCUCAGCACUUAAACCUACAGGACUGGUUCCUCGAGGCUUGUUCUAACUAAUUUGUUCCAUUAAUGGAGGAAAAUGUCUUUAACUUGAAAUGAGUAAAAAGUGCUGCUUGCGUCUUUCCUCUGUCUCCCACAAGUAACACUUGAAAUAGCAAUCUCCCCAUAGCUACAUUUAGCAGUAAAGCCCUGUAAGGAUCAGCAGAGCUGAGAAAAAUAAAGUGUGUGUGUGUGUGUGUGUGUGUGUAUUUUGGAGAGCCAGCAAGUGGCAUGUGUCUUGGUUUGGUGUUACAUUAUGUGCUUCGUUUUGAAAUGUGGCUGAAGUGGGAUAUAGGCAAAUAGAAAGGCAUGAUGAAACAUGUGGCAUUUGCAUUCAGAUGUGUAUAGAAAAAUCAGCUUUAGAUGGUGCAUGUGUCCUGAGUGUAAAGCUAUGUUUGACUCACUACUUCAUCUAUUUCCCUGCUUACUGUGGAUCUUAACUGCCAGUUUCCCAGUUGGCUGUUGCUAUUCCUUGCAUUAUUACUAUUUGUUUUUUUGCUCAACAUUAUAUGCCCUGUCCCCAGACCUCAGCAUGUGUUCCCAGACCUCAACAGGUGCAGAAAGGAUGUAUUUAUUCACAAGGAGAUUGGAUAGGGGGUUAAAAAAGAAUCAGAACUGUCUGGGAAACAUUCUUAUAAUAAAAGAAGAAGGCAGGGAUUGGAGUCCAGGUCAUGAUUCAAUCAAGUAGGAAAAAAAUUGGGCUUGAUUACAGCUGUUCCACUAAAAUAAAUCUGUCUGAGCUAAGCCCUAAAGGGGGAGGGGCAUUUUAUAUUUGUUUUCAGCUCUGAUACUGAUAAAUUUGAAGGGGUUCAGUUUUAAAAAAAAUAAAGGCUGCCCAUGGAAGAAUAAAAGGCAUAAGGAAGUCAGUUCCUGGCUUAAAGUCUGAAUCCCCCUUAGUAGUAACUGAAUAUUUAACAGCCAUAUCACUUAGGCUAUUAAAUGGCCCCCUACGUGAAAUGAGUUUGCAGAGCAAAUGGGGGUAGUUUUGGGGAAAAGUGUGAAUUACUCUUUUUAGUGGACAAGAGUUAGGCAUCACAAAUGCUGGUAACUGGCCACCUCUGCCUUAGAGACCUAAACUGGCAGGUUGUUUUGUUCUUGUUGGUUUUUUGGAAACCAUCCCACUGUGUUAGCAGAUGUUAAUUCUGCUGGUAAAGGAUUAAAUGAGUACUGCUGGCUUUCUGAGAAAUGUGUUGGGCUAUGCUGCCUGGGUAAAAGGGAAGUGGGAUUGGUUAUCUGGGGAGAGAGAACUGAGGGUGUGGGCUGAGCAGUCAUUGGGAAGGAAUUCUGCAAGCAGCUGAGCCUUUGUGGGGAAGGAUUGGGCUGGAUCUGGUGUUUCAGUAUUGGUCUCUUUAAAAUAAAAUCAAACCCCAGGUGCAGGGUAAGUUUUUUUUUUUUUUUUUUUUUUGAUCCAGUCCAACUUGUGUAGUCUGUUUGAAGCAGCAUGGGGAAGCCUUAUACUCAAUGCAUCUGAUGCACAUCUUGCAAUAGCCAUCCCUGCCUUUUGUUAUCUGCAGCCUUGACUUCUGCAAUCCCCCUUCUUAGGGCUAUACCUGAAGUCCACCUGAAGCUCCAGCUGCUUGUUUCUUGAGUACUGUGAACUAGUCUGAACACAGUCGUAUUCAUGUCUCUG